CCUCAGAUGAAGCGAAUGUAAACAAUACCCUACUUUGAGAAGAUCUACACGACCUCCCCCCCCCGCAACCACCGAUACGCCAUACAGAUAACGAUGGCUUCAUACUCGGUCUUCCCCGAAUCUGCGCCACAAGCUGGCCGAGCGUGUCAGCCAAGCUCCCAGCCAAACUCACGAGCGCAAAGCCGCUUCGUCGAGGGCUCGAUGAAUGACCGAACCUCAAAUGCCCCUCCUGUGGCCUUCAUCGGGCCCGACGAUGUGGCCGCAUAUGAGCGCCAGUUUUACCUAAACAAUGCGCCGCCUCGACCGAUUAGCAGCGGUGGCCAAUCAAUUAAGAAGGCCCCCAACAGGUUCUUCGCUCCGUUGUGGGACGGCGUGCGCGAGAAACUGCACUUGACUAGGUCAAAAUCGGCCACCAGCAUAGCGAGUACCAAAUCCGAAAGGCCGGUAUCUCGCCAGGAGCAACAGCAAGCCAAACCAGCUGUCGCUAGCAAUCCACUUGCUUAUCCAACUCGCGAAGAGGUGAUGGAGAGUUACAAGAGCCUCAUGGACUCUGGCUUCUUCACCAACCAUGCUAUCCAAGGAACACGGCACCCGCUAAGGACGGCGGGCGGGCAACAUGCCCCAACCGCACCAGCCCCUGCCCCCCCAUCGCAGACCUUUUCGCAGCACCUAGCUCAGCACCAGCGUCCACCCCCAACCACCCAGCAUCAGCCGCGAUCAGUCCUCGCAUUCUCGGCCAUUCCCUACUCCGCCACCAGGGCCCCGUCCACCGGUGACCCGCCACUGGCACCGUAUCCGCGCCCAACGGUGGCGACCCGGAUGCCGUCGAGCCACGGCGGCUACAACAACAACGGCGCGCCCCUGGCCGACUCGCCCCAGCGCGGCACCAAGCGCGCCAUGGCCGAUAUUGCAGGCGGCGUGCCAGACCGCGAGUGGCCGGAGACGGGCGCCCGCAAGCUCGCCAAGAAGCUGCGCAAAUCCGCCUCGCGCAUCUCGGCCGACAUGUCGCUCGCGGCGGCCGCGGCGGCGGGGCACAAGUCCGCGGCGAUGACGUCGUCUCGCCCGUCGAUAGCCGUCCCCGGGCCGGCGAACUGGCCGUCGAUGGGGAAGGAGGCGCCUCGACACUCGGUCAGCACGAUGCGGAGCUUCAGUUCGAGCUGGAAACCCGGCGCCGCGGGUGGUGGUGGUGGAGGUGGGGGCGGCGGCGAGAAGAAGUCCGGCGGAGGGAACCCCAACAGGCUGACCAAGGCGAAGAAAGUCCUCGGCGGCGGCCGGCGGAGGAGGCGGAGCACGAGCAGGUCUCCCGGCCCGGUCGCGCGCCCGCAGCCGCAGCCGCAGCUCUCGCAGCCCUCACACCCCCCGAUCCCCCUGCGACCGGCCCCUUCCCUCCCGGCCAUGCCGGCAGAGCCGAUGGCCAUCGACUCGCCUACGCGGCCGUCGUUUGACGGGAUUGUCAAUGGGCUCAGCGUCCCGAGCUUCCACUACCCACAGCGUAUGCGGUUGCGCAGCAACAGCGAGGGCAACGGCGGCGCACCCGGGCCCCUCUCCGUCGCGCCGGACGCGAACCGCGGCAUCCCGUCCGUGCCCAGGAUCCCGGCCCAGUUCAAGGAUCACCGCCACCACGACACGAGCAUCCGCGACUCGGGCGUCGGGGACGUGGAGAACUGCGGGGUUUGGUAAAAGGCU